GCCUUGCUGCCCCAAACAAUUCACGCCCGUCGAGUUGGAACGUCCGACGCGUACUUGGUUCUUCUCUUCGUCUUUGUGGAUUUUGGCUGUUUCCCGCCCAGAAAAAAUUAAGAAUAGAAUCACCAAGUUUUCCGUAGCUCGCGCAAAACCACCAAUUGAAACAAAAAAACACACAAAAAAUAGCAACAGAAAAUGCCGAGUAAAACAAACAGAAUUACAAUAGUGCUAAUAUAUUUGAAUAAAAUAUAUUGAGUCCCAAACCGUAUCGAAUCGGAUAUCGGUCUUGGAGAAUAUUUCAAUUCCAAUACGUGAAAAAGCCGCGCAAAAACUUUCAGUUUCGUUUUCCUCUUUCAUUGCUGCCGGAACCGGCAACAGACGUUUGCGGUCCGAGCGCCAAACGAGACCGGCACGAGCAGACCGAAAAGGAAGGAGGAGAAUAGCGGAAAAAGUCUAAGAAGGCGAUAAAGUACCGUUUGUUCAGGAAUUUCGUGAUUUUUUGUGAAUUGUUGCCAGACGGUAGUGCAGAAACGCCGAAACGCAGAAACAACCAGAACAAAUCACAAAGCAACUACAAAUACAUAAAAUAAAGCGUGAAUUUUCCAGUGAAACACAAUUUAACAAAAAAAUAUUCAAAUCAAAACACCGGGAACGAAGAAAAUUCUCGAAACCCCUGCACGGCAAAGCGCGCGUAAUAGAAGGAGGAGCAAAUUUUUUUUGGUGUCCCUUUUUGUUGGGUUGGUGUUUUCUCCCUGACGAUCACAAGAAACGAAAAUAGAUUGAGAGAGAGAAGUUAAAGAAGAGCUGCAGAAAUUCUAACAAAGUGGAUUACAAUUAAUUUUUGACGAACUGGCUAUAUCCACGUAGAUAUUCCAGAAAUAACGGGUUCCACUUGGAACACAGAGCCCUAAGCCAAAUUCGCAAAGAUGGCGCUCCCGUUUUUCGACUUCCCCGAAGGCUGUCUGUCGCAAAUUCACAUGGACGAGGAGUUCUUUAAUGGCCCAUUCAAUAUAGAUGAUAUGUUCGGUGGCGAUGCCCCGAGCAUACAGAGCGACCUGGCCAAGAUCGAGUCGCGCGAAGGCCUCGACUACUUUGACGAUAUGGAGGACAUGAAGCCGGAGAUCCGCAACGGGGACUGCAUGUGGUCCGCCUCCUCCAGUUGCCACAGUAACGGCAGCGCCGCCUACAACAACAGUGCCGCCUCCAGCUACAGCGAUGGCAUCGCCAUACCCCUGUCCAUUGUAACAGGCGGGGCCAAUCCCUACCAAUGCCAACAGGAGGAGCAGCAACAGCAGCAGCAGAAGAGGCAGAAGCAAAAUAGCGGCACCAAGCCUGGAGCAGAGGAUCUCCCCGUGAUUAUCAAACAGGAGCCGCUGGACGACUACCUGCCAUCCGUGGAGAAGCGUGCUCGCCUCAGCGUUAGCGGAAAGGCACAGACACAGUCGGAGAGCACAGCGUACGUUGCCGCCGAUCAGCUGAUCCCGCCCGGCGGAAGCCUACUCCGCAAGCGCAACGUCCUACUUCAGGGUAACCAGCGCUGUAAGAUGGGCCCAACGGUGACCGAGACCAAGCCUGCGCCCAAAUACCUUCGCCCCGACUCGCCCCCACACAGCAUUCCCGAUGAGAGUGCGCCGGAAACGGCACCCAUGUUCCGCCACAAUGUCGAUCUGCGAGCCUGCGUGAUGGGUAGCAACAAUAUCUGCCUGACCAGCGACGGCGAUGUCAGCUGCAUUAACCUGAUCAGUCGGGAGCUGCAGAACGCCAACAAGACGUUGUUCUCGUUAUUCCCGGUGCCGGAAAUCAACGACGUUAUGGACGUACUCAGCCAGGACGCGCAGCAGCAGUCACAGCAAUCGCUGUCGAUACAGCAGGCGUUGGAGGCGGCCGCCAAUGCGACAACCGUCAAGGUGUCGCCCCCCAACAGCAGCUCUGACUACGACUCUGAUGACGAGACCUAUCGCGAAAUACACAAGAGCACGAUGCUCAUGCGGCACAUCAGCGAUCACAGUUAUACGCGUUGCAACGAGCUGGACGACAGACACGCCCCGGAGACGCCAUCAGAUUCGGAUGAGGAAAUCGAUGUGGUCUCAUUCCCAGACAAGAAACAACAGCAAUUCCCCGUCGGUGAACUGUCCCUGCUGGAAAAGGUGGCCCACCAAAUCUCGAAUGGCAUUAACCAAAAGAAACAGCGCUACGGUAACUACAUUAUGCCGUAUACGCCGGCGAGCAGUAGUCCGGUCAAGUCGGUGGCCAAUUCCCGCUACCCCUCGCCCUCGAGCACGCCCUACCAGGCCUCCUCGCAAUCGUACUCGCCCCUGACCGUCGACUCGUCGAAUGCCAGCAGCAGCAGUAGCAGCAGCAGCAGCUCCGGCUACAGAUGCGGCGGCGCCACCAAGGGACACAAGCGCUACUACCUCAAGUUCAGCGGCAACGGUACCGCAACCGCCGGCAGCAGCGCGGGCAGCAACGGAAUGUCCGUGCAUAAGAUGGCCAGCAACAACAACAACAUCAACAACAACAACAGCAAUAGCAGUAGUCGAAUCAUCAGCAAAAAGUGCCGCAGCAAAAAGUCCAGCCCAUCCUCUUGCUCCUCCUCGCAGCUGGGCUCGCCGGUGAGCAUCACCGAGGCGGAUGCCUCCAACAACUGGAUGAACAGCACCAUGAACAGAAUACCCAAGCAUAAUUCUGUCGCUAACGUGGCCCCACUCGCACGCAGCAGUCAGCGGUUCAGCGUGGACGAGGCCGACACCAUCGAGAAGCGCAACCAGCACAACGACAUGGAGCGCCAGCGACGCAUUGGCCUGAAGAACCUGUUCGAGGCCCUCAAGAAGCAGAUACCCACCAUUCGGGACAAGGAGCGCGCCCCCAAGGUGAACAUACUGCGCGAGGCGGCCAAGCUGUGCGAACAGCUGACCCACGAGGAGCACGACCUGGCCAUGGAGUACCAGCGGCUCAAGGAGAAGAACCGCAAGCGCCAGGAGCUGCUGGUGCGCCUGCGCGCCGCCUCCACAGUCCAUACAGUGACUGAUGAGAGCCGUAAGUGGGUUGGUCAGAGACCCAAAUAGACCCAAUAACGAGUCUUGUUGGGCGCAAGUAGAUGGGGGAUGAUGCGGCGGCGUAUUUGUAGGGCAUCAGACCGAACGAUAUAACGAAUAUGAUCUAUGAUAUACUAGCGUAAGGUCUUUAUACGUUCGAUACGGUUUACUAACCAUAUUAUAACUAUAUAUCUUCUUUUUUUUUUUUUUGCUCUUGACUUUAAGCAUUUUUUGAAACUUCAAUAUCAGUUGGUAGGAUACGAUCUAAGGACUAUAGUAGGACUAGUGGCCAUUGUAUAUAUUUGGGGCCUUGCUUUUUCACUUUCAGACCCGACAUUGGAGUGAUUUAUCAAAUUUGAUUUAUUUAAUGUGAUAUAUAUAAUUUUCUGAACCCAAUUAGAUUUUGUUGGUGUCUUGAGGAGAUCGAAUCAAGGAAGAGGUCAGGUCAGAUAAAGGAGGAGGAGGGGGAGGAAAAUUAACGAAAACUGUUUUAUGGAAUCAAGUUGAAGUUUCAUAUAGGUACACGUAAAUAUAGGCUAUAGGCUAUAGGCUAUAGGCUAGGAUUAGGAUUAUAGCCCAGGGUUAGGAGCCUGUACUCUAUAGGUUAGGUUAUUACACUUAUUAUUAUUAUUAUAAUUUUUUUUGAAUUAGCUACUUAACUUUACUUGAAGUAAAACAGAACCGGAACGGGAAACGGAACUGGUACCGGUACCGGUAGAGAACCAGGACAAUGAACCAAUCAAUGAAAUGAAAUGAAAAGAAAAGGAAACGAAAACGAAAACGAAACGGGAAAGGGAAACAAAACGGGAGAACGGAAAACAGACAAAAGUUACAACGAAAGAGCCACAAAGAAAAAGAGAAGGAGGAGACCAAGAAGAGUGCGUGAAGAAAUGAGGAGUGGAAAGAGGACGAGGACGAGGAAGAGGAAGGUACGAGCGGCAGGAUAUGGGGGAUAUAGCUGAAAGUAGAACUUUGCUUGCCUCAGAAAAGAUAAUCCCAGCCCAUAUCCUCGCUCAACACACACACACAGACACAUAUACAAGGGGAAACUUGAUUCAAAUUUCUUGUUCGAUAGUCGAUAGUCGAUAGUGUUACUAUACCAGACUAUACGGUACACGGUUUGGGGAUCUAUCCUAUGCCUCUGCACACGCAUAUGCAUAUGUAUCUAUAUUUAUACGAUAUAAAGAAGACGCAUCCCUUGAGAAGAGAAGAACACAACUACCUAUACGGAAACACUUGAAUGCUUUUGCUUAGAAAGAAACACCUACCCAGAACCAGAACCAGACCGGAAGAAACGCUUUUUAUACACAAACACAAACAAAUACACCCAAGAAAUACUUGAACGCUACUGCCUAUAGAAAGAAAAUACAUUUUAUUUGCUAUGAAAAUUCGCAUACACAUAUGCAUAUGCAUAUAUAUAUAUAUACAACCGGAAAACUUGUACAACUAUUAUACAUACAUAUACAGAACUUUGAUUUUUGUUGUUGUAUUUAUAAUUUUUAUAAUUUUUUUUUUUUUUUGCUAUAUGUAGAAUAUUCUUUUUUAACCCGAUAACUAUGCAUAUGAAAUGCGCGAAACUUAACGAAAGAAAGAAGAAAACACACAAAAAAACUAGAGAGGAGAAUUAAGAGAAAUUGAUGGAAAACUAUUUAAUAGUGCUACCACACCCUAGAGAAAGAAAAGGGAAGAGAGGAGCGGAGCGGAGCGGAGAGGAGAGUAGAAGCUGGCUGCAAAGUUUGUUGUUGGAGAUAGCACCCCCCCACCCCCAGAUAACACCCCAACCCCAACCCAAAACCUAGACCUAGACCUAACCCAAGAGAACUCAAACUUUUGUGAGCUGUUUAACUGUCGAUUUUUGCUAAUAAGUUAUAGCCGGGUAAUAUGUUAUAUAUGAUUAACGAUUAAACCAAUGGUUUACACGCAUAUAUAUACAACCAUAUAUAUAUAUAUAUAUAUAUAUAUAUCAACUAUAUAACCACUAUAUACAAAUAUCUAUAUAUAUAUACUACUAAACGAAAGAAAAAGUAAAAGAAGUUAAAAGAAAAAAAGAAACGUAAGCGAAACUAUAAACUACAAUUCAAAGGAAAUGUAAACUGUUAUUUAGGUUUAGACACAAAGAAAAAAAAAAAAACAAAAAAAAAAAAGAUAUAUAAUUGAUGACCAGAUCUAUAUAUACCAUAUAGACUAGGGCGUGAGAGACAGAGAGGGAUAGAGGGAGGGAGGACGGAACGCGACGAAGGCAAGCAAAAAUGUCUAUAAUUUAGAGUGAAGUUUCAACGAAAUUUAGACGUAGACCUGCACUACACAGAUAACCAACCCAUAUGCCUGGCAGAUUGAUAUAUUUCUUAAACAUACUAUUUUUUUUUUUUUUUGGAGACAUCAUUACAUAUUUUCUUGGAUUGUUUUACGCCGCCGCACAUUUUUUUUUAAUACUUUUUUUGUUUUGAAAAAAUUACUAAAAAUUACUUAAAGAUUUAAAGCUAUUUUCUAUUAUAAUAAUUAAACUAAACUACAAAAAGCACUGUUAAUCGAGAAAAAUAAUACCACAAGCAACAGAAACAAGCGAUUGAACAUGGUAUAUAAUUAUUAUUAUUAUUAUUUUUUUUUUUUUGGUAUUGUUUUCACAAAUGUGUACACACUGUAAAUAGAAAUCUCGUUAAAUAAUAGUUACACACACACACACACACAAACACACAUACACAAAAAUACACUAAAAAAAAAAGAAAAAGAAACCGAAAAUAUGCAAAGUAGAAACAGAGAGAAAUAUUUUUGUAAGAGCCGGAGAGAAAACACAAAGCAAUAGACUUAAGCGAAAUUGUACAACGCGAAAAAGAAACCGUAAACAAAGCAAAACCAACUUCAAUAAACCAACAACAAAAAAUACAACUACAACUACACCUACACCUACACAUGCAUAUAGAUAUAUAUAUACCUAUACUAUAUGUAUACCACACACAAAAAUACACACACGAAUGCACCUAAUUUCCUAUAGUACAUAGAAGCAGAAAUAGUUUAAACAAAUCCUGUUUUCUUUCCAUUUCUAUGAUUUCGGUCGAAACGGAGAGAAACAGAAAGAAAAACCGUACAAAUUUAUCAAACAAUAAACAAUAAACAGAAAAAACAUAAAUGUAAUGACAAAAAGGAAAACACAUUUUUUUUUUGUUUGUUGCAAUUCAGAAACCAACCAUUAAAAAAAAAAAAGCAAAAAAAAAUAACAAACGGCUACAGACAAAAGUGAAGCAUUUCUAAAAAUUAAUUCUUGAAUUUCGAUUUAAACGAAAAACGAUACAAAACAUGAAAAACUAUGACCAAAACCAAAAUCCUCGCAAAUGAAACAAAAAAAGAUGAGACAUUUUUUUUGCUUAUACAAUACUUUAAAAAUUGAAACAUUUAUGUUUAUAUAUAUAUAUUUUUUUAUGAUUAUGGAAUUUUGUAUAUGUAUACAAACACACAAACUACUAUUUGAUUUAGUUUUAAAACACUAUUAUUAAACAAAGAAAAAAAAAUUAAAAAAAAAAA